GUAAGUUCGAUAACUCUAAAAGAGUUCGAAAAUGGCGGCUAUUGACAUUUCUUAAACUAAUUCAAACAAAAAUCAAACUUAAACUCUAUUUCCACCAAGUAAUCUAAAAGAAAAAAAUGAAUUCUCAGAUUUAUUGUUUACCGCAGAAAUUCGGUUGGAAUGCUAUCCAGGGAUUCUCAAAAGAACGCGCAGAUGAAAUAGAAAGGUACCUAACGCAAAAAGGAAAAAGUCCCUAUUUUAUCAUCAAGUUUAAUGGACCUGACCCCAGUCCGGACAUCAGAGAGGAAGUGGAAAGGCGAAUCCCUAAACGCAGGUUUCCUAGCUCCGACGCUGAAAUCAUUGUCAGGGAUUUUCUGUGGAGUACAGAGUGCCACACACAGUACAAAUUUCCAAGUGUACCGCCCAGUUAUACUCCACUGCCCCCUGUCACCUACGAAAAGCUUGCUGACCCCCCGGCCAUCAGGAGGCUCUAUUAUCGUCCAAUGGAGGUCAUUAAGCCGCCCCGAGGCACGGUGGUCAACGACCCAGAACGGGGCCUGUAUGAGUGGCGGGAGUUGGCCCACAGGCCGGGGUUCGGCAUAUGGCAGCCUCUGGAGAGGAUCCCUGUGCUGAGUAAUGUAGGGGAGAGAAACACGUUAUUAGCACCAAGGCUGAAGCGACACGCUCCCAAUGACGAGAAAGAGAAAUGGGAUCACAUUCGGAAUUUGUCUAGACACAACCAAGUAGCUUAUGGAUACCGUAAAGAGACGCCAGGUUAUGACGGGCACAAGCAGACAGUGGAACACGUCAUGUCAGACGUCAGGGCUCAGCCUCAGAAUCCAGUCUACUUAUCUGCUACACAUGACCUUUCGGGAAUAUUCCCGCCAGAAAUGUACAUGCCGACCACAGAGAGAAUCAGACACCGUGACUCCGGGAACAAAACACGAAUUGUGACUUUGGCCAAUCCAAAUAACCCUUUCACAGAAGAUACACGUCUCGUUGGACCCCCACCAUACGAGAAGUGGGCAGCCUAGUCAUCGCCAGAUCAAAAUCAAUGAUGUCCACCCCUCCCAUUUU